UCCAAAUUGAACUUGCCAUCCGAUCUUUGUCAGUGCCUUGGAUCCCGCACCAAUCCGGUCUAUUCAUAGCCAUCAUCCUGCUGGCUACGAUAUUCUAUAUUCUGUUCACCAUGGCCGUACCGCCUUCGGUUGUGGUUUGGAUGAAUGACCUCUUGUUUUUCUUGCAGGGGACCGCUCUCACCUCAGCAACAUCCGAUCGAUGGAUGCUCUAUCUCCGGGCAUUUAGCCUCAACUUUGACAUUCCGACCUCGUUCGCAAUCCUGCCCGUGUCGGGCUCGCUCAAAAGUCUUCUCAAGUACCUCUGGCCUUUGGCCAUCAUGGCGAUCAUGUCCAUCAUCUUUGGAGUCAUGAACAUUGUCGAUAUUUUCUUCAAGAACUCAUCCUGCCAGCCGCGCAGACUCUUGCGUGGGCGAUCAUUCAGGACAUCUGUAUACGUUGGUAUCGCCCGACUCGGGUUGCAAUCGUUGCAGUGACCUCAAACAGAUCGCAGCUCCCGGGAGGCACCUUGUGUUGGAGCCACGAUCCUCCCUGAUGCGCCUCGCCUUCGUACCAUCUAGUGGACGGCGUUGCAUCUGGCCGAGCUGGCCUACUUUCCAUUGAUCAACAUCUCACUCGACGCCCUAUCGUGCACGAGUGUGCUGUUCCCAGACGGAUCGCGGUCGCUGGUGAUGCGCUCAAGCCCAUCAGAACUUUGCUUUGUCGGGAGACAUCUGUUGAUCGCUAUCGUGUCGGCCAUCAUCAACGUCACCACGCUUGUGGGUCUGCCGGUCUUUUUUUGGUUCCAGGCUCGCCGAUACAAAAGGCGGCAAAGACAGGGGCACUCGAACAAGGAUGAGGCCGCGGAGC